UGCCCGGCGCUUUUUAAUCCAGAUGCUCUCCGCCGUGCACCCUGCGUUCGGCAACGAGCUGACACAACCAAGAGGUGAAAGAAGACACACCACCCAGCAACAUGACUGCACCCAGCAACACCUACGAUGUUAUAGUGGUCGGUGCGGGCAUAUCAGGUUUGAGUGCUGCAAAGCUGUUGAAAGCCAAUGGGCUCGAUCCUGUAGUGUUGGAAGCCAGGGACCGGGUUGGUGGUCGUACCUUCACUGUGCAGAAUAAGGAGGCAAAGUGGGUUGAUCUAGGUGGUGCAUACAUUGGACCGACACAGAACCGCAUCCUCCGUCUGGCCAAAGAGUACGGCAUAAAGACCUACAAAGUCAACGAGCAGGAGAACUUGGUGCAUUAUGUUAAUGGAAAGUCUUACCCAUUCAAAGGUUCCUUGCCUCCCGUUUGGAACCCCAUCACUUUGAUGGACUUCAACAACCUCUUUAGAACAAUGGAUAAGAUGGGCGAGGAGAUUCCCAGAGAGGCUCCCUGGAGAGCUCCCCAUGCUGAGGAGUGGGACAAGAUGACCAUGCAGGAACUCUUUGAAAAACUCUGCUGGACCAGAACUGCUCGUCGCUUCGCCACACUGUUUGUCAACUUGAUCGUGACCGCUGAACCCCACGAGGUGUCGGCUCUCUGGUUACUCUGGUACGUCAAACAGUGCGGAGGAAUAAUGAGGAUCUGCUCCACCACCAAUGGAGGACAGGAGAGGAAGUUUGUAGGGGGUUCGAAUCAAGUGAGUCAGUGCAUGGCGAGGGAGCUGGGAGACCGAGUGAAGCUGCAGUCUCCAGUCUACAGGAUCGACCAGACCGGAGACGUGGUCGUGGUGGAGACCGUGGACAAGCAGACCUACAAGGCCAAGUAUGUGAUCGUGGCCACACCACCUGCUCUGAAUCUGAAGAUGCACUUCAACCCUGAGCUGCCCCCGCUGAGGAACCAGCUGAUCAACCGUGUUCCCAUGGGCUCUGUCAUAAAGUGCAUGGUCUAUUACAGAGAGAACUUCUGGAGGAAAAAGGGUUACUGCGGCAGCAUGGUGAUAGAGGAGGAGGGCGCUCCCAUCGGCUUCACCCUGGAUGACACAAAGCCUGAUGGGACUGUACCUUGUAUUAUGGGAUUCAUCCUUGCCCGCAAGUGCAGAAAGCUCUCAAGCCUGUCCAAGGAAGAAAGGUUGAGAAGGAUCUGUGAGAUCUACUCCAAAGUGCUGGGCACAGAUGAAGCUUUGCAUCCGGUGCACUAUGAGGAGAAGAACUGGUGUGAAGAGGAGUACUCUGGAGGCUGCUACACAGCCUAUUUUCCCCCAGGAAUCCUUACUCAGUUUGGCAGAGUGCUGAGAGAGCCGGUGGGCAAGUUGUACUUUGCGGGCACAGAGACGGCCACCGAAUGGAGUGGCUACAUGGAGGGGGCCGUACAAGCUGGAGAGAGAGCAGCCAGAGAGGUCAUGUGUGCGAUGGGUAAACUCCAACCUAGUCAGAUCUGGCAACCUGAGCCUGAGAACGAGGAAGUCCUGGCACUCCCGUUUGUCACCACCUUCUGGGAGAGAAACCUGCCUUCGGUUGAUGGUUUCCUCAAGUUCUUAGGAGUCUCCACAUUCCUGUCUGCUGCUGCCGCAGCUGGCCUGGUGGCCUACAAGAAGGGCAUCAUCCCCCGGAGUUAAACCACCCUGUCAUCUCACUCCUCCACAUCUCAAGGGAACACGUCUGAAUAGACACUUGUGUACUUCUAGUGCACUACUUUAUGGGCCCAAACUACAGAUUAGUGACCUACAUAGGGUAUACGUUGUUUUUUGAGAAACACCGUGAUGUAAGAAGGACUGCUCAGCUCAUGCAAAAACACUAACACACUGUUACUUUGUCCACAAACGAAAGAGAGAACGAAGCAGAUGAGAAGGGCUGACUGAAAGGUGUUUGAGAGGAGUGACGAAAGCCUAACUUCAGUUUAAAAAUCCAGACUCAGAUUGUGAAACCAAUGAAGGAAAAAAGAUCAGAAUCAAUUUGUAAGGGGAAACCUUCUCUGUCACUAUUACUAUCCCAUACACUGCCAAUGAAAUUCACUGUGUCGAUUAUAUGUGAGUUUAUAAAAGUUGCCAUGCUUACUGUGGGCUCAGGAACACGUCCAGAAAUCACCAGCUGUGAACACAUUUCACUGUGCCAUCCACAAAUACAAGAACGAAUCCACUUAUUACCGGCUAUGCGGACCAAGCUCUUGCAACGGUUGUAUGAGGAUCUAAUGGCCCAUUGCAGUGGGCCAAACACCCCAUACUCCCAGAGCACCCUCCACAGGACACUCCAAGGGACACAGUUGAAUGCCUUCUCCAAGUCCAAAACACACAUCUCCCUCAGACUGCUGUUGAAGCUAUGCCAGAGGUGUGCGUUGAAGACCUCAAGGACUGGGAUCUCUGCUAGGCUUUCCCAGCACACCCUCACUAUAUGCUUAGGCUUGAGUGUCCAGAACAUUUUGCCGCAGGUCUAGUGAUAUGAUUACAAAAAUUGAUCAUCAACCUGCGGCCUAGAGUGUCCUGGUGCCAUGUGCACUUAUGGACAUUCUGAUGUUCAAACAUUGUGUUGGUUAUGGCCAAACUGUGGUUUGCACAGAAGUCCAACAACAAAACGCCACUCGGGUUCAGAUCCGGGAACCCAUUCCUCACUAUCAAACCCCUGCAGGUCUUACUGUUGUUGCCCAAAUGAGCAUUAAAGUCUCCCAGUAGGACAACAGAGUCCCCAGGUAAAGCAACCUCCAGCACCCCACCCAGGGACUCUAAGACAGCUGAGCAUUCUGAACCGCCACUUGGCGCACAAGCGCAGACAACAGUCAGGAACCAUUCAGGAAGGCGCAGGGAACAAACCCUCUCGUCCACUGCGAGAAAACCCAACGUACAGGUAGCAAGCCGAGGGGAUAUUAGGAAACCCACACCAAACCACCGCCUCUCACCAGGGGCAAAUCCAGACUGAGACAGAGUCCAGCCCCUUUCCAAGAGACUGGCUCCAGAGCCGUGCACUGAGGUAAGCCCAACUAAAA